GAAGUACUUACAUUGAAUUACUGAGGUGGAGUGUAAUCUUAACAACGCAUAUAAUCAAACUAAUGGGAGACACACCCUUCCAUGUACUGUAUGGCUAUUUUCCCAGUUUCAAGGAUGGUGUAUUGCGACAUGUGGUAAAAGAUGAUGUAUGGGAUGAUUCAACAAGACUUCAAGAGAGGGUACGCGAACGGAUAGCUAAAGAACAUGAAAUAUGGAAACUUAGGUAUGAUAAAAAGCACUCUAGACCAAUCGUUUACAGGAAGGGAGACAUUGUCUAUAUAAAAAGACCCCCUGAGGCAACGGGCGAAUCAACAAAAUUGCAACCUAAGUAUCGUGGACCACUCAUUGUGACACAAGGACUACCUAAUGAUGUAUACAGUGUGUCAGCAUUGCGAGCUGAAGAAGGGAGACAAUAUGCGACUAAAGUCCACGUGUCUCAGAUGAAAUCAUAUCAUUUGCCUGACUCAGAUUCAGAGGAGGAUGAUAAACAAUCUGGUACAACUUCAUAAGAACUAGGCAUUGCAGGAGAGGCUGACCCAGACAGACCACAAGAAGAAGAAGAAGAAUCUGCAGAUCAGUUGUCAAAUUCCUUUGCUGUACUCCCACCAGUUGUAGCAAAAACAGCUAGGAUAAGGCGACCACCGAGAUGGCAUGAGGAUUAUAAAAUGUGAUUACUUCAUACUAUGUUGGUCCUUUGUUUACCAUGCCUACACUAAUCUGUAUAUACUGUGAGGCAAUAUUGUAAUUAUAUUAUUAUUAUUUAUGAAUAUUAUUUGUAUAGGCAUGUAAUUAAAUUUUAUGCUUAUAAUACAAAACGUAGUUCCUUCUACAGACAUAAAUUUAUAAGAAACAGGAUGUUCCUAAUAUUUUUUUUUUUGGUUGUAUUAUUUUUUUUAUAUAUAUGGUAAGAAUGUUUUACUUGCUAUGUAAACUAGUGUUUAAAAUGUCCAAAAGUUUAUUUUUUUUUGUUGUUUAUUCUAUUGUCAAAAAUGUGUAAGAAGUAAAAGUGGUGAAUUAAGUUUGAAAUUAUUAUUUACUAUUGAUUAAUUAUUAACUAUUAACAUGUAUUAUUUUUUUUUUAUAUAUAUAAUGUAUUACAUGUUUUCAUAAUAUCAAUGUUCAAUGUUCAAUAAGUGAGGACACUUAAACUCAUCAGGAUGCCCGAAUGUUAUCUAUCAUAUAGUGGUGGUAGGGGUGAUCACGGAUGAGAGAGUGAUAUAGAAUAUAGUCAGUCAGUGUAUAGCUGGACAGCGCGUCGCAAGCGUUGUACAGCUAUUGUUUUUCAUUAUAUAUUUACUAAUAUUAUA